AGUCGUGACUGAAAACAUCUUAGCUCUAUGGUGAGGUCCUCCAAUAUGCGUUCUGUUACAUUUCUGGAGUCGAUUUGUAUCGCAUUAUAUGCAUUUGGUGUGCUUUUCACCGCAGCAGAAGCUUGUGAUGGCUACACGAUAAAAGUAAAUAAGCUGCAACCUUGCGACAGUCCUGGUCCAAUCAAGCUUAUGAACCCAAAAAUCGAGCUGACGAAAGAUUGUUUUAUUUCUACAGACGGAUGCGUGGAAGUUACAAAAGAAUUUUCAAGCUGCAAGUUGAUAUAUGACGUCAAAAAGAGGGGAAUGAUGGUACCAUUUAAAGGAGAAAAGGAUAUUUGUCAAGAAUUAUCAAAAGCAUCCAAAGAUCCAACCGUAGCAACCAAUUUGAAAAAGUACAACGUUGGCCCAACCUGUCCAGUUAAGGAAAACAAAAUCUGUGCUCCUCAGGGUCAGAAGAUGGAUGUGAGUAGUCACAAGAGCAAAUUCCGAUUGGCUGCUGGACAGUACACAGGAACAGUCACAAUGGAUUGCAAUUCGGGCAAAAGCUGCUACAGUUUCAACGUGGAAUUCAAACGUGGAAAAUAAAAAAAUAUAUAUAUAUAUACUUCGAUCGCCCUACAUCAGAAACUCUCUUCUUCCUAUGGUCAGAUAAUUACUGAAGAAGUCAAAAACUAUUCUGAAAAACAAAACCCCCCCCCCCCCAUUUUGUAUACUCUGUAUGCAUUGCGUAUAACGCAACACAACGUAAAGGAAAAAUCUUGAUCAUCUGUAUAUCCAUUCCUAAGAUUAACUUCAAAUAUAUAUUUACAAUAAAGUUUACUUUUGUUGCAUUACCUUAAUAAUAAUCGAGUAUUUAAUACUUAUAAUCUCUUUGGGAAUUAUAUGUGUUAACUUAUUUAACAUUCAAUAACACUGAGUUUUGACCACAGAAUGUAAUUAUAGGGAUCAUGAGGUUCUCAAAAUAAGUAGCGAUUAUUUCCAUAAACAGCAUUAACCAACUGAUCUUUUGUAAUUGAGACAUGUUGUUUUCUUUGAGGUAGAAACUGAAUUUUAACAAGUGUUAAUUUCAUAUCCGGUGGAAAAUGAAUCAUCUGUACCACUGAUAACCAAUAACUACACCACCGGAGUAUACAAAUAUUGUAUUCAUGAAUCUACUACACGUAUCAAAAAUAAAAAGGAAUAAAGGACUAUAUUUCAGCAUAACGAA